GCCAUCGCUGCAUUCGCCGUCGACAAAAUGACGACGAUGAGCGAAGACAUGAAGGUGUCGGGAGAGCUGAACCGCAUGAUCCAGCGAGAGAUUGAGACGAUGAUGGAUCGCAUGGAGAGACUUCGGCUGCAGAGCAAGUUUGCGUCGUUCUCCAAGGUGCAUGUGCCGAUGGUGCUGGUGCUGGGCAACCACUCGUCGGGAAAGAGCACUUUCAUCAACCACAUGCUGGAUCAAGACGUCCAGAAGACGGGCCGCGCCCCCACCGACUGCAUGUUCACCGUGUUGAUGGGCGGGAAGCGUGCGGAACGUCUCGACGGCCACGCCUUGUCGCGCGACAACAAGUUUGGGUUCCAGGACAUCAAGGGACUGUUCGGCGCCGACUUUGUGUCCCAAGUCGAGCUCAGGGUGCUCGAGGAGUGCACGCUGCUCGACUCGACCGGCAUGAUGAUCAUCGAUUCCCCAGGCAUGAUCGACCCGCCUGGCAGCACGACGCAGUCCCGGGGCCGCACCGACAUGGACCGCGGGUACGACUUCAAGAAGGUCGUUCGGUGGCUCGCGGAGCGAGCAGACCUCAUCCUUGUCAUGUUCGAUCCGGACAAGCCGGGCACGACGUUCGAGUCCCUCGACGUGCUCACGACCUCGCUCAAUCACGUCAACUCAAAAGUGCGCCUCAUUCUCAACAAGGUCGACGAUUUCAAGACUGUGCACGACUUUGCACGGGCAUAUGGCGCGCUCUGCUGGAACCUGAGCAAGGUCAUCCCUCGAAAGGACAUGCCGUUCAUCUACACCAUGUACGUACCCGUGCGCGGCGGGGGUUCCCUGGCGCAAAUGUCCAACAACUCGGAAGAGGCAAUGCUGUCGUCGCUGCUGCACACGGAAUUCGACGGCACCCGCGGCGAAAUUCUCCGCGAAGUGCAGCGCGCCCCCGACCUUGCCACCGACAACCUCCUCACGUCGUUCAAGUCCCUUUGCGCCAAGCUAAAGAUGCACAUCACGUUGAUUGAAGCAUGCCAAAAGGAAUACAUGUGGGUAAAACAUCUGUGGCAUGGUAUCACGAUGGGGCUCGUGGCCGCGGGCGUGGGGGUUAGCGCCUUGUACAUCUUUCGGACAUGGGGGGUGUCUUCUUCCUCGUUGUCGUCAACUCCUUCGUUGGACACGACUCCUACGACCUCUGGCGCGUCGGCGACGUCUGCGGUGCCAGCGUGGAAGCAAGAAUGGACCAAACAAGUCGCCCAGUCCAAGCGAACGUUUCGAUGGAGCGAGUUUGCGAAACUCUCGGGCGCCGCCACGGCCACGUCGUUGGCAUCGUGGAAGGCUGGUCAGCGCGCCUUGGCCAAGAUGCAGGCCGACGUGCUGCACUGGCUGCCGGCCGUCUUUGCCUCUACCUACGCGUCAUUCUUGUGCAAAUCUGACCGCACGCACGACGAGACCAUGGCCACAUUCAACAGUAUCCUGCCUGGCCUCGAGAUGGCGCUGGCCCAGACUCCGUUGGAGGCGUUUGGGUUGUUUCCGCCGGUGGAGAAGAACUACCUUGACGAAGUGCUCGCGGCUCACGUGCCUCGCCUGGAUCGAUGUGUGCGGGAUCGCACGGGCGACGACUACGCGUACCUCCGGUUCAAGCACAUUGAAAAGCCAUCGCUGCAGUAGAACAGUCUAGUCGUGUGUUGAGAACCGAGAUCAAGAAUACUACAUGGAUUUAGAAUGCACAUGGGAGUGUAAUCUAC